UCUUUUCUACAUGCUAUGUCUCUGAGCACUAUUUUUUUAAUGAAAGUGGACAAUACUUUUUAAAAACCAUAAAACAUGAACUUUUUCAACUUUUAAAUAAAAUAAGCAAUAGAGUUUCCUUCCACUGGCUUUUAAACUGGUAAGUAUUUUCUUCACAGGGAAGCAUAUUAAAUGCACUAGGAAUUUUGACUCAAUCUGUUAAGCAUAUUAAAUUUCUGGGUCCAUUCCAAAUUUAUUUAAGCUUCUGCUGUUUUCUUCUAAGAGUUAAGUGGCCUGAGGGAUAUCAUAGCCACUCACAUUUCAGAGUCUCUAGGGAUAUACUAAAACAUGGAUCUGCAAUUAAUUUCACUUUACUGUGAAAUGUGAACCCAAGAAUGUUAAUAAACACAUCUGGUAACUUGUGGUUGUUCUGAAAAAAGUUCCUGUGCCCAGGGUUCGAAUUUCCCGCUGGCGCCGGCUCUCCUCGGCCGGGCUUUCCUGAUCCGAAGCAGCAGGUGAGUGGGGGUGGGGCAGCACAGAUGAGGCCUCCACAGGGUCAACCGCCAAACAUCAGAACGUACCCAGACCCUGCGCUGCACGCGCUGAAGUCACUGUCAAAUGCCUGUGUACUUAAAGAACACAGACCCGUGGGUGACCUUGCAGUCCCAAGCCAACCUCUGACCCCUGGAAGAUACCAGGCCCUCCCGCCCGGGCCGCCUUGUCCCAGCCCAGCUCUGCUCAGUCUGUCUCAGCCCUGUUGCUCCGUGGGGAAACGGGGUCUGGAAAUGCGGUGCCACCGAGCUGCGGGAGGACGCCGAAGUCCUCCUCGAGGAACUGGAGCUAGCUCUACUUGGACACCAACGUCCCUACUGUGACCAGCCGCUAGAGGCCAGCCACGUGUGUUCCAGUUGUGCGGAAUCGUCCCAUCGGGGGCCCUGCCGCAAGGGUGUUGGCGUGUCCAAGUGGGAGGGCUGGGGCGGGGUUCAGAGCACUAUCCAAUCAGGAUCCGUGGGCUCGGAGCACUGUCCAAUCAGAGCCGGGGACGGGCACGCUCCCCGCCUUGUGGCCUAGGCUCUCAGACUGCCCGAGGCCCCAGUGUGCACCUGCCUCUUGCGGCCGCAGGUGUCUUGAAUCCGCAUCGCUCUCACCUGCACGGGCCGCGGGGUCACGGCGAGGGCGCCGGGAGAGAUAGGAGCGCGGCUGAGAGAUGGACUCAAUGGUCUUCGAGGAUGUGAUUGUGGACUUCACCCAAGAGGAGUGGGCCCUGCUGAAUCCUGCUCAGAGGAGGCUCUAUAAAGAUGUGAUGCUGGAAACCUUCAGGAACCUGGUCUCAGUAGAUGAUGACACUCAACUUAAAACCAAUGGGUCCAUUUCUCAGCAGGAUAUUUUUGGGAAAAAAUUAUCCAAUGAACAGAAAAUAGCAAGGUUCAUAAAAAAUGAUUUCUGGACCUCCCUUUUUGGAGAAAAUUGGGAAGACCAGUGCAUAGAAGAUAAGCCCAACAAUGAGGGGAGACAUUUGAGAAGUCAUAUAGUGGAGAGACUCUGUGAAAGUAACAAAGGUAAUACAUGUGGAGAAAUCGUCAGCCGUAUUCCAAAUAUUAAGCUGUACAAGAAAACUGCAACUGGAGUAAAACUGUAUGAAUGCAGUCAGUGUGGAAAAGUCUUCAGGCAUCGUUCAUCCCUUAAGAGACACAAAAGGAGUCACACUGGACGCAAACUAUAUCAGUGUGAGGAAUGUGGGAAAGCCUUCAGUUGUUCUUCAUACCUAAGGAAUCAUGUGAAAACCCACAGUGGAGAGAAGCCCUAUGCAUGUAAACUUUGUGGGAAAACAUUUAUUCGUUCCCAUUCCCUCACUGGACAUAUAAGGAGUCACACUGGAGAGAAACCCUAUGAGUGUAAGCAGUGUGGGAAAGCCUUCAGUUGUCCUAAAUCCUUUCGAGUACAUGUGAUGAUACAUAAUGGUGGGAAACCCUAUGAAUGUAAGCAGUGUGGAAAAGGCUUUAGCUGUCCCAAAUCCUUUCGAGUACAUAUGAUAAUGCACACUGGAGAGAAACCCUAUGAAUGUAAGCAAUGUGGGAAAGCCUACUGUUGGCUCACAUCCUUUCAGAGACAUGUGAGAAUUCACAAUGGAGAGAAACCUUAUAAAUGUGAAAAAUGUGGGAAAGCAUUUGGUUGGCCCUCAUCCUUACACAAACAUGUCAGAAUGCACACUGGAGAGAAACUUGUAAAUGCAAGCAACGAGGAAAGGCCUUCGGUUGGCCCUCAUCCUUCCAAAAAUGCAAGAAUGCAGACCGGAGAGAAACCUUAUAAGUGUGAAAAGUGUGGGAAAACAUUUGGUUGGUCCUCAUCCUUACACAAACAUAACAGAAAGCACACUGGAGAGAAACAUAAAUACAAGCAAUGUGGGAAAACUUUCAGUUGGCCCUCAUCCUCCCAAAAAUAUAAGAAGCAGACUAGAGAAAAACCCUAUAAGUGUGAAAAAUGUGGGAAAGCAUUUGGUUGGUCCUCAUCCUUACACAAACAUGUCAAAAAACACAGUGGAGAGAAGCCUAUAAUUGCAUGCGAUGCAGGAAAGACAUCAAAUGGCCCUCAUCCUUCCAAAACAAUAAGGAUGCAGACUACAGAGAAACCUCAUACAUGUGAAAAAUGUGAGAAAACUUUCAGUUGUCCCAGAUCCUUUCAUAGUCAUGUGAGAACUCAUAGUCAAAGGAAAACCUAUAAAUAUAAGUAACAUGAGAAAACCUGAUGCAAAUUAAUUCGUGUAAAACAGUUUGGAAAAUUCACACCAGAAGAGAAAUCUUAUAAAGGUUACAAAGAUGGUAUUGCUCAGUAUCCCAUCCUUAACGUGAACCUCUAGCAAGUGGAUUUCCGUAUCUUUUUCAACUAAACAUUGACAUGAAAAUUCUCAAGUAUUCUAAGUACAUCUAUAUAGCACAUGAAUUUUGAUAUAUUAUGGGUUUUUUCCCCUCAUGAAUUCAGGUAAUAUUUCUGUUUCCAUUUUGAAGUGUGAUAUAGCCAUGGGUGAUUUGAUGUGUGUUUUGAAUAUGCAUUAGGUUUAAUUUUAUAUAGUUUUUAAAAAUUGUUCUGUAAGUAUGGGGCCUUUAGACUAAUGUAACAUUGGUGUUUGUUUGGAUUUUCUUACUGGCCCAGUGUGUUCCAAACUGGGUGUCACUUUCCCAUUACAUAUAUUCCAUCUUAUUAUCUUCCUGAGAGAACCUACAACUUUUAAAGCUGGCACUUCUUUGAUUACAUAAGGUAUGUAUUCUCAACACCCUUUUUUUUUUUGCCAGAGUUUCAUUAUUCCAUUUUGCUCGCUUGCAAUUUUGUAAGUAUGUAAGUUGGCAGAAAUUUGUAGGUAUACAAUGGUCUUGAAAGAGUAUAGUUUCAGAUGAACUAUUAUUUCCAUCUGUUGCUGUAUGCUCUUUGUCCUGGGUUCUGGUUAGGAAGUGGACAAUAUGUUUGAAUUAAGAAAGAAUGAAAUCUAGAGGUGGAGAUGGUUCUGUUGGAUUGUGUUCCAUCAGCAUAGGUAAGGCUAGGAACCACAUUUCCCAGGAUGCCUUCUCUAUAUGGUUCCAUGAUAGAAUUCUGUAAGAGCCCAGCUUGCGUGAGAGUUGGAAGAAGCAAUUUUCAGUUUAUUGAGCCACCAAUAUUUAAGGAGAUGCGCAGAUGCACAGGGACUUUGUGGCCACCAUCUCCAGCCUAUUUUCUUGAUUGCUAGUCUUGCCAAUAAAAAGUAUCCUCAAAACAAAUACCAACUGCAUGACUUCCAUUUUGUCAGAGGGGUGGGCAUUCACAGACACCCUUCCAGCUUUCCCAUCGUGGAUGUACCUCCAUGGUUAGAUGUCCACAGUUUGCAUUUUCCUGAAAGCCCUAUACUGUCCACCAGGCCACUGAUUAGGAUGUCAUGGCUGUGGAUGUUAUCUAAUGCUCUGACCUCUUUUCUCUAGAUCUUAACAUAUUCGAAUAACGUCUGAUUUGUAUGGUGAACACCUCAUUCUCUUAUUUCUCAUGCUUCUGUGUUUCUGAUUGCACUAGAACAGAUGCAAUGGUGCAUGCAUAACAACAUACGGGACUGUGUUUCCUUGCAGCGUCAUUGAGCAGGUGCCCUGACCCAGUAUUUCUGUGAAAUAAAUAUGCAUUACUGACAUAUUGGGCAGACUGUGUGGGUUUUCUGUUAUCAGCA